UGUGACUCUCAGAAGCUCAAAUUUCCCAUUUGGAUCACAAUGAAUAAGCUCUCGCUCAUCACUCACAUGACAAGUUCAUCCUAGAAAUAUUCACAUGAUUGUCUCCUAUUAAGCUGCUGUUGUCUUUUGGUAUUAAUGUCAUUAAGUAGCACCCACAAGAAGAAGCCCAAACAAACACUAAAGACUACAGCGUUUUGCUCUUAAAUGUCUUUGCUUGAUUUUAAAUGUAAUAUUUAAAAAGGGCCACUUUUUGAGAGAUGUCCGCACUGGUUCUGUCACCUACUCAUUCAUGCGCUAGCUUGGUAAUGCUGAUAUACAUGAUAUAUUUGGCAAUAUUUUGGGGGGGGGGUAGAAACAACUGGGUGUAGAGGUUAUCUUAUUGAUUCAGCAUGUAACACAGCGAUCCACUCAUUCUCUCCUCCUCUGUCUGUCUCCUUUGUAGUGGUUGCUGCUGAUAGUUAGGCCCACAAAGCCAGUCAUUGCUGUCACGCUGCCAUAGCAACCAGGAAAUACUCACCGUGUGUGAAUGUGUGUGUGUUAGUGGAGAUUGAGAGAGCAGAACGUGGUGAGUGGGAGUUGAGACGGACCACAACAACAGAGGGGACAGAUUUUUCACCUUUGCCUUCAGUUCUACGCUUCAUCUUCCACGAGAUUUGUGAGUGACAGAGCAGUGUCUGUAAUGUAAUAUGUGUUUGUGUUAAUUAAGUUGUUGAGCAAGUGUGACCCAGAAAUGUGGGUGUAUCUGGUGUACGAAGAUGGUCAGUAAAUGCAACUUAGUGAGUAUAGUUAUGUGACUUGUGAGAACUCAAGAACAUUGCCGCCUUGGUAAAUUGGUGUAUGUGGACUCCGGCAGUAACAGCUGCCACAGAGAUGGCUGCCAGCACCGCAACCACGACUCUCCUGCCUCCAGUGAAGAGCGUGGUGGUGUACAGGAAUGGAGACCCCUUCUACAAUGGACGGAGGUUCGUGGUCAACCAGCGACAGGUGACCACUAUGGAGGCCUUUCUGAAUGAGGUGACCCAGAGCAUCGGCGCUCAACUCGCUGUUAGGACACUCUACACCCCCAGACAGGGUCACAGGGUGUCAGACCUCCAAGACCUUCAGACCGGAGCGCAGUAUGUUGCUGCUGGCUUUGAAAGGUUCAAGAAACUGGAUUACCUGAACACAGGAACGAAAAAGCAGCCCGCUGCCCGUGAAGAGACCCAGGCCAAAGUAACCCAGAGACCAAAUGUCUCAGCCAAAUGGAGAAGGUUUAUACCUGUGCCUUGCAUUAUACAUGUUUUCCGUAAUGGAGAUCUCCUGUGUCCACCAUUCCGAUUCAUCAUUCCCCGGACCAUGCGGCAGGAUCUUGAGCAGAUCCUGAGUCUGGUCACAGAGAAGGUCAGCUUGCGAACCGGAGCCGUGCGCAGGUUGUGCACUUUGCAAGGAGUGACUGUGUCCUCAGCUGUUGAGCUGGAGACCGGCCACUGCUAUGUUGCCGUGGGAACCGAGAGGUUCAAGAAACUUCCGUAUGUGGAGCUUUUUGUCUCAAAAGCUGCAGAGAGAUAUUACCCAGGAAAGAGACGGCUGUUAAGGAGAAAUGAGAACAGGAAAGCUGGAAGUGGUCCAGAAGACCAGUACAGUGACUCAGCUCUCCUUGACUCCCCCAAGUCAGAUGGUCGGAGAGUGAAGUCGACAGGGGAUGAAGCUGCAGCUCCUGCAGCCACACAGCAGAGGAGCAGGAGAGAAGAAGCAGACGAGACCUCAGAGUUCUUCGCCAGGCCGGUGAAGAUCCGCAACAACAGGCGGCAGCCAAGACCACCCCUCAGCAAUGGAUCUGUCCAGCCCAGCGUGUUUAAAAGAGCAGCACAGAAGAGAAGAGAGGAGGUGCGAGGGGCCGAGGAGGUGCAUGAGGAUGAAAACACGGCGACAGAGCUUCCCGUUGACCAGAGAGUUGCAGAAAUAGUGGAGGAUGAGGAACUAAACAACCAAAAUGAUCCUCUGCACAACACACAGCAGGCAUCUGAGCAAGAUGGUGUAAAACAGACUGGAAUUCUGACUGAGGAGUCUGCUGCAGAAACACUGAAGCCUGAGCUGAAGCAGAUGUCUUCAAAGUCAAGGUCUUCGUCAUCCACCCUCAAAGAACAGGGAAGAAAAGGCAUAUUUACCCACCUCAUGUUCUAAACCAGUUCUUAUUGGCAUCACCAGAACCAGGCUUAAUGAAAAUUUGUGCUUGAUUCCGUCUUCUUUUACACCAUUUUGAUCAUUUACUUCCAGCAGGAGAGGCCACAUGACGCCCCAUCGCUUACAGUAGAAGAGAACCAUCAUCAAGAGGACUGGUGAGCACGGAAGAUUCAUCAUCACAUGAUGCCGCACGGGUACAGCAGAUAACCAAGCAACUACUUCUUCUACAAUGACCAUGAUGAUGUGGCUAAAUAAAUGUUUGAUUAUAUUGGUGGUACUUUAACUGUGUUAAUGAGCCAACUGACAGCAACAAUAAUUUAUGUUGUUAAGAGUCAAAUAUGUGAACAGACAGACAAAAUCAGAACAAGCACUACAGGAGAUGGACACACUUUCAUAAGCUCUAGCAUAAUAGAUAAAGAUCCCCAGCUACAACUCCAUAAACUGAACUCAAAAAUGAUCACACAGACAGAGCAACGCAUUUCUGACGUUAGAGCUGUUUAUGUUAUUGUGUCUAACCUGUUUUUUGGAGGUUAGUUCUGAUGCAGAUAUUGCGUAGCCUAGAUGUUCAAUGAUGCAAUUUAUUCCAUAAACAAUAUGUACAUAAGAAACAAUAGUUUGGGGAUUUACUUAGAUUUGCAGAAAUCAGUGAUGGAGAUCAUAAAACGAAGAGUUGUGUUAACAAUUUAUUUAAUAAAAUAUUGGCCACAUCACAAGCUGAAUAGAUGCAACAACAACAGAGUCAUCCGUACAGUGUUUUGUGCCAAUUAUAUACUGUGACAAUAAACAUAUAUAUUACUAUGUA